GAGAUGCUUAGGCUCGCCGGUACUUCAUCUUUUUCUGUUCGAGCAUACCCUCAUUAUGAAAGAGGUUGGAUGUCAUGGGAGCCCAAAUCCUUGAGAAGUUCUAUUAUACCUAAUUUUCGAGGGAAAGUGAAUCAUAGAUAUACUAUUGAGAAAAAAUGGCAUGCCACACAAAGAACCUCUGCUUUAAUUAAUAAGGAAGGAAAUGUAGAGAAGCAAUCUUACAAGAAAGACAGGUUACAGCAUGAUUAUUCAUCCAAACAUGAGGAUGCUUAUAAUGGAUCGUUGGGGAAAUUAUAUGCAUUUUACCGAUUUAUUCGGCCAUAUGCUGCCAUUGGUGUAGCUCUGCUAGUUGCAUCUAUUUCUUGUCUUCCAGUAGAAACAAUUGCUGAUUUGUCUCCGACAUUUUUCAUAGGAGUAUUAAAGGCUCUUAUUCCAACAUUAUUGGCUCAAAUUUUCGUAGUUGGAGUGAAUCAGCUAUAUGAUAUAGAAAUUGACAAGGCUAAUAAAAAACAACUUCCGAUCGCUACUGGAGCUAUGUCAAUUGGGACUGCUAAGGCCAUUGUUUGGAUAGUCACUUUGCUGAGCCUUUCUAUUGGAGUCAUGUCUCAGUCCCCAGCACUUCUUUGCGGCAUCCUUGCAUGCUUUACAUAUGGAAUUGUAUAUUCGGUUGAUCUUCCAUUCCUUAGGUGGAAAAGAGAUCCUAUACUCACAGCAGCACUCUUUGCGUUCUGGAGGGGUGUUGGUAGCACUAUUGCUUACUUUAUACAUUCUCAGAAAUAUAUACUGGGAAAGCCAAUAACGGUUACCAAGUCAUUGAUAUUUGCUUCAAUUGUAAUGUCUCUACAUGGUAUUGCUAUGGCAAUUUUCAAGGAUAUACCAGAUGUGGAUGGAGAUAAUGAAUGUGGCAUUAUCACCUUUAGCACCAAACUUGGCAAAGAAAGAGUUAAGUGA